GCCGACGGGACCGAAUAGGGCAGUCCAAAAUCUUGGAGGGUGGGAUGGAGUGGAUACGACGGAGGUAAAUUUGUGGCUAAAGCUUCAAGUGGGCAGGGCAAGGAUCAAAGAAUUUGCGGUAAGCACAGAAAAGCGCGAUUGGUGGACGAUUCAGCGAAUAUACAACCCAAGGGAGGUUUAGAAUAGAAUAGACCAGAGCUCCACCAAGGGAAGUUGUUUUUUAGGUAGGAGAAUACAACCUCAAGAACUAGUACCCAAAGAUGGUCUAGUCCUCUUAGUGCAGCUGCCGAGUUUUCAUUGGCUGGUGUCUUUUGCUAUUUUAUUCAGCGAGCCUUGUCCGCCACCAGAAGAUGAUACCUGAUCCAUAAUGAAUUGCAAAGAAUAGUUAUGAAAAUAGAAGUACUUCUACUUCUUACAAGGAACUUCAAUCUUUCUUGGUCGCCGUCUACAGGCACAUACUGGCUUGUCUCUCAUUAUCAAGAGAUUCUUCGACGAGGUGCAUGAUUAUACAUAGGAACGUCGUAACAGAAGAUUGCGAAAACAAUUCAUAGGCAAGGGUAUCCUACUAUACCCCACGAAUUCGAAUGGGUACACUACUACUACCGCCGAA